AAUAUCCUUCAAACAAGUACCCAUCACUCCAGGUUUAAUCAAGCUCAAUGAUGAUGCGGCAGAUCAUUCCCCUGUCCGUGAUCCUUUUGGCCUUUGUGCCCGCUCAAGUGCGUUUCGUUAAAGCCAUGGCAGACACGCCCGAAGGCUGUCCAGUGUGUGAAUGUCCAGAGCCAACCCUGCAAGACAGUAUGCCCAUGGGUCGCAGUUUAGAGGGCGAAGAUAACGCCCCUGAGCUUUGGGAAGAAGAGAACACGGAUUAUCAUAUUCUAAGAGUGCCCAAAGACAUGAUGUUCGGAUGGCCUUAUGAGGGCGGUAACAAACGCAAACGGCGGUCGGUGGGCCAUGGAGGACCAGUUGGACACGGUUAUGGACACGGAUACCCUGGUCAUGGAUACCCAAGUCAUGGUUAUCCCCGCCAUGGAUAUGGACAUCCUUACCGUCAUUCGCCUUACGGGUAUAAUCCUUACGGCUAUGGAUAUAUUCAUCCGUACAGCAAGAGCGGGUACAAGUUCUUUGACAACCCCUACAAGUCUGGAGAGCUGGUUACGGACAAGGAGUACUACCAAUCACAAUAGGUGGACCAAGCGGCUAAUUUUAUGUAUUUCAUGAAUAAACUCUACCUUACCGA